UUGCUGAGGCCCCGCGCGCUCCGGUUCUCACGGACCUGGCGACCCCGUCGUGUUCCCGUCUUCUUUCUAGGGACCUCUUCUGCCUUCCUGAGGAAAAGAUAGAGGCAGGAAGGAUGGUGACUGACAGUUUGACAAAUAUUUCUCAGGACUCAGUUACCUUCACUGAUGCGGCUGUGGACUUUACCCGAAAGGAGUGGACUUUAUUAGACUCAACUCAGAAAAAUCUGUACAGAGAUGUGAUGCUGGAGAACUACAAGAACCUGACCACAGUGGAGUACCAGCUGUUCAAACCCAGUCUCAUCUCCUGGUUGGAAGAAGAAAAGUUGAGGACAGUGAAGGGAGGAGUCUUCCAAGAAUGGGAAAUACAACUUAAAACCAAAGACUCAGCAACUCAGCAGGAUAUUUUUGGAGAGAAUACAUCCAAUAGGAUAGAAACAAUAAGAUCAGUAAUGGCACCAAUGAGAACCCACAAUGGAGAAAAACUCUCUGAAUGGAAAGAAGAUGAACAACCACCUUACCACCUGGGGAGGGCCUUUAACUUGAAGCCGUACAGGGUGAUGCCCAGGCAAGAUUUUAACUCCUUCACGCUUGAUUUCAGUCCCCACUGUCUUAUGAUCAUUCCUCAAUCUUGGGGAAUGGGGGUGAAGACCACUCUAGCUACUUCCUGCUGUGAAAGGGCAAAGAUCAGAGUCAGAGGUCUUCUGUCUGAGGACUCUUUCUGCCUUAUUGAGGAAAAGAUAGAGGCAGAAAGGAUGGUGACUGAGUGUUUGACAAAUUGUUCUCAGGACUUGGUUACCUUCACUGAUGUGGCUGUGCACUUCACCCGAAAAGAGUGGACUUUACUGGACCCAACUCAGAAAAAUCUAUACAGAGAUGUGAUGCUGGAGAACUACAAGAACCUGACCACAGUAGAGUAUCAAUUGUUCAAACCCAAUCUCAUUUCUUGGUUGGAACAAGAAGAGUUGAGUACAGUAGAGAGAGGAGUCUUCCAAGAGUGGGAAACUCCGCUUAAAACCAAAGACUCAGCAAUCCAGCAGGAUAUUUUUUGGGAAAAAGCAUACAAUAGGAUAGAAAUGGAAAGAAUCCACAAUGGUUGGGAACUUUAUGAUUGUGAGCAAUGUGGGAAAGUCUUCAGUGAACGUUCAUGCAUUAAGACACACAGGAGAACUCAAAAUGGAGUGACUACUCAGGAGAAUAAUCAGCAUGAGAAAUGCUUCCUUGCUCUGCACAAGAAAACGUCUACUGGAGAGAAACUUUCUGGGUUUAAUCAGUGGGGACAAGCCAUCGGCACGACUCCAGAUGUUGUGUACUCAGGAACCAGCAUACAAGAGAAAGCCAUUGAAUUCAGUGACAAUGUGAAAGCCUUUAUUAAUCAGUCUUACCUUCAGGCACAAACGAGAACUCACAGUGGUGAAAAAUUCUGUGAAUGCAAGGAAUGUGGGGGAUCUUUUAUUCACUCCACAAACCUUUGUGUGUGUCUACAAAUUCACACUGGUGACAGUCAUUACGAAUGCAAGGAAUGGGGAAAAUCUUUUAAAGGGACCUCACGCCUUCAUGCUCACGAGCAAAUUCACACUGGAAUAAAACCCUGGCAGUGUAAGGAAUGUGGGAAAGGCUUUAAACCUUCUGUACAUCUUAAUGUUCACCUGGGAAGUCCCAUUGGAGAGAAACCCUAUGAGUGUAAGGAAUGUGGGAAAGCCUUCACUCAAUUCUCAGGCCUUACUGAACAUAUAGAAACUCACACUGGAGAGAAUCCUUUGAAAGGUGAUACACGUGGCAUAGCCUUUGCUACUUCUUCAAAACUUACUAGCCAUUUUAGAACUGACAUUGGAGAGAGGCCUUUUGAGUGUAGUAUAUGUGAAAAAAGAUUUACUAGUUCUUCAUACUUAAUCAUUCACAAGCGUACUCACACUGGAGAGAAACCCUAUAAAUGCAAUGAAUGUGGGAAAGGCUUUAGUUGUUUUCUGUACCUUAAACGUCACCAGCGAAUUCACACUGGAGAGAAACCCUAUGAAUGUAAGGAAUGUGGGAAAGCUUUCACUCAAUCCUCAGGCCUUAUUAACCACACAAAAACUCACAAUGGAAAGAAGCCUUUUAAAUGUGAUACAUGUGGGAAAGCCUUUGCUGCUUCCUCAGAUCUCACUUACCAUUUGAGGGCUCACAAUGGAGAGAAGCCUUUUGAGUGUAAUAUAUGUGAAAAAAGAUUUGCAAGAUCUUUGUACUUAAUCAUUCACAAGCGUACUCACACUGGAGAGAAACCCUAUAAAUGCAAUGAAUGUGGGAAAGGCUUUCUUUGUCUUCCAUACCUUAAAUGUCACCAGCGAAGACACACAGGAGAGAAACCCUAUAAAUGUAAGGAAUGUGGGAAAACCUUCAUUCAAUCCUCAGCCCUUGUUCGCCACAUAAAAACUCACACUGGAGAGAAGCCUUUUAAAUGUGACACAUGUGGGAAAGCCUUUACUACUUCCUCAAAUCACAGAAUCCAUUUGAGAACUCACAGUGGAGAGAAGCCCUUUGCGUGUAAUACAUGUGAAAAAAGAUAUACAAGUUUUUCAUACUUAAUCAUUCACAAGCGUACUCACACUGGAGAGAACCUCUAUAAAUGCACGGAAUGUGGGAAAGGCUUUAGUUAUUUUAGGGGCCUUAAACGUCACAAGCAAACGCACACUGGAGAGAAACCAUAUGAGUGUAAGGAAUGUGGGAAAGCCUUCACUCAAUCUUCAGGCCUUGUUCGCCACAUAAAAACUCACACUGGAGAGAAGCCUUUUAAAUGUGACACAUGUGGGAAAGCCUUUACUACUUCCUCAAAUCGCAGAAUCCAUUUGAGAACUCACAGUGGAGAGAAGCCUUUUGAGUGUAAUAUAUGUGAAAAAAGAUUUAAAAGUUCUUCAUACUUAAUCAUUCACAAGCGCACUCACACUGGAGAGAAACCUUAUAAAUGCAAGGAAUGUGGGAAAGGCUUUAGUUAUUUUGUGAGCCUUAAAUGUCACAAGCGAACUCACACUGGAGAGAAACCAUAUGAGUGUAAGGAAUGUGGGAAAACCUUCACUCGAUCUUCAGGCCUUGUUUGCCACAUAUAUACUCACACUGGAGAGAGGCCUUUUAAAUGUGACACAUGUGGGAAAGCUUUUGCUGCUUCCUCAAAUCUCAGUUACCAUUUGAGAACUCACAAUGGAGAGAAGUCUUUUGAGUGUAAUAUAUGUGAAAAAAGAUUUAGAACUUCUUCAUACUUAAUCAUUCACAAGCGUAGUCACACUGGAGAGAAAAACAUACAAAUGCAAGGAAUAUAGGAAAGGCUUUAAUAGUUGUGGGCCUUAAAUGUCAUAAGUGAAUUCACACCGGAGAGAAACCCUAUAAAGAAUUUAAGAAAGCCUUUGCACAAUCCUCGGGUUUUAUUGACUACAUAAAGUCUCAAACUGGAGAGAAGCCUUUUAAAUGAUAUAGGUGGGAAAGCCUUUGAUACUUCCUCACUUUUUUUUUUUUUUUUUUUGGUGAGGAAGAUCAGCCCUGAGCUAACAUCCAUGCUAAUCCUCCUCUUUUUGCUGACGAAGACCAGCUCUGAGCUAACAGCUACUGCCAGUCCUCCUCCUUUUUCUCCCCAAAGCCCCAAUAGAUAGUUGUAUGUCAUAGUUGCACAACCUUCUAGUUGCUGUACAUGGGACGUGGCCUCAGCAUGGCCGGAGAAGCGGUGUGUUGGUGCGCGCCUGGGAUCCGAACCCGGGCCGCCAGUAGUGGAGCACGCGCACUUAACUGCUAAGCCACGGGGCCGGCCCCACUUCCUCACAUCUUUAUAAACAUUAGAAAUCACAUUAUAUAGAAGUCUAUCAGGUGUAAUAUGUUGGAAAACAUUGACCAGUUCUUUGUAUGUUAUCAUUCACAAGCUCACACUGGAGAGAAACCUUAUAAAUGGAAGGAAUGUAGGAAAUCCUUCAGUUUCUCACUUCCUUUUGGCAUCAUGCAAGAACUCCCCUGGAAAGAAGUCCUAUCAAUGUAAGGAAUGUGGUAAAGCCCUAAGUAAUCCCGAUUGACUUCAAAGACAUGAAAGGACCACGCUGCAGAGAUGCUUUCCAAAUGUAAGGUAUGAGGGAAAUCCAUCAACAUCUCACAGCGCAGCAUAUAAGGACUGACAGUGAAGCCGUACUAUUAAGAAACAUGUUAAGCUUUUCCGUAUUUCUUCCAUGAAAUAUGUAUCUCUUAUAUAUAAUAGAUUUUGCAGUGGAGAGAAGUCCAAGUGAUGUAAGAUAUGGGGGGAAAUUUUUCUGUUACUAUUCACUUGUGAUCUCACUGUGGAGAAAAACUUGAUGAAUGUAAAAAAUGUUUUAAGAGUCUCAUCAUCAUUUUCCAUUGGAUUCUUUCUCAUCUGUAAUGAACAUGGGGUGAUUCACAGUCAAGAGGAACUGAAUAUAGGAAAUAUGGGAAGUGCUACCCUGAGUGUGAAUCUUAGGAUCUUCUGAGAUGCAUAGCAUUCUAUGUGAUUCUUUAGAUCUGUUUUAAGACUUUGUGAUUAGGCCCUGAGCAUUUCUGUGCAUGAUAUGUUUUUCUUUCCAGUGAUAGGGCAGUCUAGUUUCUAGACCUUCCAUGUUGCAGCCUGGUUAAAAGUGGGUCUACAGAAUUCACAGUUAAUCCUCUUCUAACCACCUGGAUUCUCUUAAUGGAUUGAGAUGGACUUACAUUGUGAAGACAGCAACUGCUUGACUGUGUACAGUGCUCACCAAACUCAUUUACAGUGAGUCACACCCGCCAACAUGGUGGUUAAAAUACAUCUUCAUAAAUUUUGUAAUAUUACCUUGUCCCUCUCACACCUGAUCCUUUCAGAUAAAAAGUCAGUUUCAAGCAUGGGAUGAGUGGGAGGAAAAGUGAGAUUACACCUGCAAUGUAUGACACCCUGUUUUCAUGACCUUUGUGGGUAAACAACAACUCUACCACCUGGGAAGGACCUUUAACCUCAAGCCCAUACAGGAUGAUGGUGAGAAUAAUGAAUGUUCUCUUUCACAUCAAACCCAACACCACAGCCUAGGAAAACAAUGGUAUUUGUCUGAGUCCAGCAACAGCUGAUACUGGUGAUAUCACCUGCUUCUACGUUUGUCAUUCUGUCUGUGAGCUGUGAAAAUAGAAAAACUCACGUGAAUGUAGCUGGUCCAGAGAAUCUGCUGUGCUUGAUGCCCUCACUGAGAGUUCCUGAAUGUGAACCUUUGGUGUAGACACAGACCAAUACAAUAUGGUUUCAGCCUCAGUGAUACAAAUUCACAUAAUAUGGAUGCUCAAGCAGCCUUGGGUUAUAUCAAGUAUGACCAUUCAGUGUUCAGCUGCUUCAUGCCACUUUCUUGAGGCUUAAUCAAAGCACUGUAUGAAUAUCUAAACCAAGCUUAGCAAUAAAUCCAGAAGAAUUUUCUGCACGUUUGUGUUACAUGUCUGUAUGUGUGGAGGAGUAUGUCAUAUUGUGGUUCACUUUGGGUAUGUAUAUUGUUAUUUAGUCCAUAUGUUGCCUCUUUAAUUAUUGGCAACACCACCAAAGAUCAGAUUAGUCUUAACCUUUUGUGUGCAGUGUAAGGGUCAUAGAUUGGCCUUAGAUGAUUUCUUAAUUGUCUGAAAGAAGGUUUAAGGGGGGUCCUAUGAGAAUCUGUCACAGUUGUCUGAGUGUAGGACUUUGUUGGUGGUGUUUGAGGUCACACCUGUAGAUUGGCCACAUUCUGCUCCUAGCAAUCCUGGUGACAGCAUCCUCAGUAAUUGCUGUACAAGAAAAACAGAGCAGAUUUGGUUCCAGUUUUUCUUAGUCAGUGGCUGACAAAGUGGUAUAUUCAUAUGAACAAACUCCAGAAGCCAAGAUGAUGUGAGGCAUGUAUGCUCCAACACAGAUGAGCCUUUAAAAUAUUCUAAGUGGAGAAGCUAUUGAUAAAAGAUUAUAUCAUUUCAUUUAUAUGAAGUGUCUAGAAAAAUCCAAUCCAUAGAAGCAGAAAAAUUGUGUUCACCUAGAUAUUAUGAGAGAAUGGAAAUGGGGGAUUUGACAGCCAAAGAUGGCUUUUCAAGUGAUGAAAGUUCUAGAAUUAGGAUGGUUACCCAAAUCUGUGCAUUUACUAAACAGUGAAGUGUAUAGAUCUAAAUGCAUGCAUUGUAUGAAUUAUAUCUCAAUAAAGUUGUUCAAGAAACAAAUGAGAAAAUUGUGAUAGUACCUACACCAUUGGGUAGUUAUGAGCAUAGUACAAUCUCUGUGAAGCAUCUAGCAUGGUAAGAUGCAGCAACCUUUAGCUACCAUUAUGUUUUUGCCACUAAAUAUUAAAACAACAUAAAACUAUUAUAAUCAAAGAGUAAGAUAUGGGCAUAAGUAAGUAUAUUACUGGACAGAAGAGUCUAGAUAUGAAUAUAGGUGAAUAUAGGAAUUGUUUAAUAAAUGUGGAAUUUCAAAUCAGUAUAUCAAGGACAAUUUAUUGAUAAGUACUAGUAUAACAAUUGGCCAGCUUUUGGAGGAAACAAAAUUGGAUCAACUACCCCACACAACGUGUGAAAAUACAUUCGAUGAGGAUUAAAAAUUAAAACGUCUUUAGAAGUAGUAAAAUUAAGAAAAUUAUGAAAUCUGUCUAAUCUAGUGUUUGAAGAGACGUUUUAAGGCAAGGCAGGAAAAUCAGAAGUUAUUUUAGAGAACAGGUUCGUUUGGCUACAUAAACAUUUAACAUUUUGUAAAGCAACAGAACAAACAUUAACAUAGCAAAAUAUUAUGCAUUCAGUAGAUGCAAAACAUUUGUUAAUGUCCAUAAACAAUUCCUAGUAAAACGUUAUUUCAAGAAGAAAAAAGAUUCAAAAGUCAUCCUAUUUAAAAGGUAAAGGAAACAAUGAUUAGAGUUUAGCAUGGUGUCCAAAGUAAACAAUAAAUAAUGGGAAAUAAAUGCCUAAGGAUGGGAUUGAUAGAAUGGAGGAAAUCUGCUAUUUCAUGGAUUGCCAGGCAUAUCAUUACUGGAGAAUCCUUGUAAGGGCUCUAGGAACUUGAGGUGAAGCAGGUAGAAAAGCUUUUGAUGACAAUUCCCGCCACCAACCAUGACCACAGGUAUGUGCCCGGCUCUCUGCCCUGCCUGUAGGUCCGCCUACAACCUUGAUUCUAGCCUCAACCUUAUCUCGGGUUGUUUUCUGCCUUCAGCCCACGUCCUGAGAAAGGUCAGGGCCCAUCUGCACCCAUGCAGUUAACUAGAAUUUCUCAGUCUUAAGUGGCCUAUCUUGGCUGACAGCCUGACCCUCAGAGCUCAGUCCCUCUGACCCCAGGCAGGAAAAGGAAGUGGCUGACUGGUUCAUCUGUGGUCUUCUCCUGCCUGCUUCUGGCGUCUUGGAGACUUGCACCUUGGUGGUGGUCCAGCCCAGCCCGGCUUUGGUGAGGCCAGCACGAACGGGAGGGUGGUUGAAGGAGGAGUCAAAGGUCGUGUUUGUUCCAGGCUGCUGAGAGGCCCACUUAGGGAGUCCUGGCAUGUGCCCUUCGCUUCCACCAUGGUCCCAGGGCCUCCCAGCACCGCAAGGUUUCCGACCCCUUUUGGGUCCUCGUUCCCGGCUAAGAAUUGUGUUGGGAAAUGCUGUAAGGGCCUCUGGGCAAGGUCUCUUCAUCCAUUAUGCUUCCCUCUUCAAAAGCCUCCAAAACGACCUUUGUGACCUGUUUCCAGAAGGAAAAGAACUUCCACUGGUGGAGUGACAUUGACUCAGCCCCCACACCCUCCCGUUGUCAUCGAUCUGGCAGUUCUGGCCGAUUCUGGAGAGCACUGCAUGAUUGUUGUCUCCAGAGGGCCUCUGUUUCCUUUUAUAUGCGGAAGAAUGUUUCACCUGGGGAUUUUUAGUCUUUGCACCUCCUUCACUUAUUUUUGACACAUUACAUUCAGGUAGAAAGAUAUUUUCUUAGAUGUCUAUGAUGUGCAUACUUAUGUAUAUAAAUAUAAUUUAUGUAGACAAGAAGACUUUACUAAAGAAGAACAAGAAUGCUCACCUGUCUCUUCAUCUGAACUUCCUAGGCCUGUACAUCGCCAUAGGGCUUCAAAACAGAGUCCUCCGGGACAAAAGGAUGGAGACUUCAUUACACCAGUUCUAGAAUAAUUGAAUUUACUAUUCACAGGAAGUUUGGACUGAGUGUAUUUUUUCCACAUUCUUUUGAAAAGUCUCAGACCUAAGAAAAUUUGAACAUCUAGUACAAUACACAGGCUUUCAGUUUUCUUCUGGCCAGAGGGUCACGUUUCCUCCCUACCC